AUGUCGUUAAAUUAUACGAGAGAAUUAUUAAAAAUAUCUCUAAGUCAAUUAUGUGAUCGAAUUGGAUUUGAUUCAACAACAGAAAUAACGAUGGAUAUAUUAAUUGAUGUUUGUGAAAGAGAAUUCGUUAAAUUAAUGAAACAAACAUCAAAUCUUCUUCAAUUAACUGAUCGAUCACAAGUGAAUUUUUUCGAUAUUUUAUCCAUUUUAAUGGAUAAUCAACAAGAAAAUCUGCAUAGUUUUUCUGAUUAUAUGAAACAUUUUCAAUCUUUACCAUUUUCCAAACCAAUUCUUCAAUUUCCUUUUCAAAAGAAAACACAAUUUUAUCUACGAAUUCCACCCAAAGAUUCAGCACAAGUUUUAGAAAGAGAUUCAAAUCAAACAACAGAUUAUAUUUAUGAUUGGUUACCUUUAUUUCCUGAUCAAGAAACACCUGAACAAACAACAACGAAUCAUAUUGAUACAACUUUCGGUACAAAUCUUGAUCAUGAUCAAGAGAAAAAGAUUGAUAAAAAUGAUUCUCAUCAUCCAUUGACGCUUUUCUCAUUUUUAAGUAAAAAUGGUGAUGAAACAAGUGUAGUUCCAGUUGGAAAAAGACCUAAUCGAGCUUUACCAUCGAUACUUUAUCGUCCACGACGGAUUAUUGAAAUGGAAGCGGCGAUUUCAGCUGAAAAAGCGAAAAAAGAACAAAUGGAAAAAGAAAAUAAUGAUAAAGAUCAACAACAAGGUCCUCCUUUACCAAUUCGUUUGACAAUUCCAAAACCAAAUCCAACAACAUCAACAACAACAAUCACAACAACAUUAACAACAACAACGUCAACAACAACAUCAACAACUGAGAAAAUAUCUCAAUCAAUCAAAAAAUCAUUAACAACACCUUCAAUUGAUGGAAUUCUCAUGAAAAAAUCAUCAACAAAUCUUUCAUUAAAUACAAAUCCUUUAAUUAAUAAUUCAACAAAGAAAACUUUGAUAAGUCCACCUUUAAAUCAAUUCAAUGAAUCAUCACAUUCUCAACCAAAUCCAUCAACUACAAUUGCAGAAACGCAUACCGAGAAAAGUAACGAUGUCGCUUUGGAUUUAACUAAACCAUCGAGUAUUUCAUCAACACAAUCAGCGAUUAAACUUCCAACAUUGAAAUUAAAUAUUAAAAAUGUCAAUAAUAACAACAAUUCGGAAAUGCCCGCAACUGCGACAAAGAAAUUUUCGAAACCAUCAAUAAACACACACGAAAAAGUAAAUCUGAAAAUUCGUACUUCAUCUGUACCUUUAUUUGGUGGAAAUAAUGAAUUAACAUCUCAAAUAAGUCCAUCGUUUACAAUUCCCAAUGAAAUUCAUUCAAAUCCAAUCGAAUCUUCAAUAAAUGUUAAUUUAACAAUGAAUGAAAAGAAAUCAACAACUGAAAUCAGUGAUCCGACUAAUCGAGUUGAACAAAUUUCAACAGAUAAUUUUCUUCGGAAUGAAGAAGACAAGAAGAAAAAGAAGAAAAAGAAGAAAAAACAUCAUGAACAAGAAACAAAAGAAGAAAAGAAAGUGAAAAUUGAACAAGAAAAUCGAAAUAAUGAUCAAGAACAAUCGAAUAAUACGAUGGAAAUUCCACCAAUUCUAUCAAUUCCAAAUGAAACUAUUCCACCUCCACCAAGUCAAUCGAAUAGUGGAGCAAUUCGUCUGAAAAUUAAAUUAGGAAAACCAACAAUUCCAACAGAAGAAUCGUCAGUUCCAACGAAUUUUAAUGAUAAUAUACAACCAAUUUUACCCGAAAAAAAACCCGAUUCACUUGUAUUAAAAUUACCAUUGGGAAGUAAAUCUUCAAUAAAUCGAACUCCACAACGACAAAAAUCGACAAAAUUGAAACGUUUAACAUCAGGAAAUGUUUCCAAUCCAAUCGUUUCUCAUUCUGAUAAUCCAUUUCAUGAAGAUAAUACAAAUUCAAUUGAUGAUCUUCCUUUAGGAGAAAGAACAUCACCUAAUAAACCAAUUUCAACUAAUAUUGGACUUCAUUUAACAGAAACAUUAUCUUCAACUCCAAUAAAAAAGAAAUCCAUUACUAUUAAGAAGAAAUCGAAUCCUAAAAAAGUCAAUAAUAUUGUUGGAGUUGCUGUUAUCGAAGAAAGAAGGAUCAAUCACGAUUCUCAAGAGAAAAUUUGGAUUUGUCCGUCAUGUAAUAUAGCUGAUAAUGGUCAAGAACCAAUGAUUCAAUGUGAUUUAUGUGAUGAUUGGUAUCAUUGGGAAUGUGUUGGUAUUGCUGAAGAACCUCCUGAAUCGAUUCCAUGGUUUUGUCCAAAAUGUCAUCGAUCAAAUUCAUCAACAGCAUCAGCACAAAAUAUCAAACCAUCUGCAUCAAGUAAAGCAAAACGAAAACGAGCAUCAGUUCUUUAUCAACAAAAACAACAACAACAACAACAACAAACGCAACAAUAUCCCUUAAUCUAG